AAGUUAGGUUAGGUUUCACAAUUUUUUUAAAAUAAAAUAACACCGUUUCCCGUUUCGAACGCUUUAUUAUUUUGUGUUCAAUUCAAAUAACACUUUUUUGAUGUGGCAUGAGAUGAGGAAAUAUCUUUCUAUAGGUACUAGGUAGCAAUUAUUAAGUCUCACAAUAAUGUACAGAAGUGUACUGUUUAAAUGGUUGCCAUUACACAUCAAAAAUGAAUGUAAACAAGUAUUUGAAAAUACUGCAUUUUCAUACAACUUUAGGAACUCGAAAAGAUGCAUUUCAAUAAACAGUGUCUGUUUCAAAAAAAGAAAAUCUGUGGAAGAAAGGGCUAUAGAGAACCAGGGCAAAAGGGUGAUACGAUAUUCCCCUAAAGCAGGCUCCGAGGUUGUGGGAAUAUGGCGUAAUAUGACAGUCCAGGAAAUAGCUAAUGUACUGAAUAAAGAUGUGGAUCAUGUGUUCAAAGCAUUAGAGUUUGCGGACAAGAACUCAGACACAGUUUACAGAAAAGACACUGUUAUACAUAACCCUCAGAUUGUACGAGAUGUUGUGAAGAUAUCUGGUUUUAGAUUCAAAAUUGUUGCUAGACCUGAAGACGAAAUAAAAGAAGAAGAGAAUAAGGACGCAGUGCCCGCGCCCCCCGCACCCCCUGAAGCGUUAAGGCCGCGACCACCCGUGGUAUGCGUGAUGGGACACGUGGACCACGGGAAAACCACACUCCUGGACGCCUUGAGAGACACCUCUGUUGUGGACACUGAGUUUGGAGGCAUCACCCAGCAUAUUGGCGCUUUUGAAGUAAAACUCCCGUCCAGGGAGAAAGUAACGUUCCUGGACACGCCUGGGCACGCGGCGUUCACUGCCAUGCGCUUCCGCGGCGCGCGCGCCACCGACAUCGUCGUUCUCGUCGUGGCGGCCGACGACGGCGUCAUGGAGCAGACUGUGGAGUCUAUCCGUAUGGCCAGAGAGGCUGACGUUCCCAUACUGGUGGCGAUCAACAAAAUCGACAAGCCAGGUGUUAACAUAGAAAAAACAAUGCGUUCCUUAGCCCAGCACGGUAUAGUGUGUGAAGCGUUAGGUGGUGAUGUACAAGCUAUAAAGGUGUCAGCAUUGAAGAAGUUACACCUGGACACUUUGGUGGAAGCUCUGACCUUGCAAGCCCAACUGAUGGAGUUGAAGGCGGAUCCGGGAGGAUACGUGGAGGGGGUGGUCAUAGAAGCCCAGGUGGACCCUCGCACUGGGAAGCAAGCCACGGUGUUGGUACAACGGGGCACUUUGCGGAAAGGGUGCAUCAUCGUUGCGGGAACUGGUUGGGCCAAAGUUAGAGUGCUAAACACGGCUGAAGGAGCCUCUAUAAACGAAGCUCCCCCCUCCACUCCAGUAUCAGUGCUGGGUUGGCGGGAAAUGCCCGCCGCCGGAGACCAAGUCUUAGAAGUUGAGUCAGAGAAACGCGCGAACGAAGUAAUGCGAUGGCGUCACAACCAGCGCAUGAAAGAGAAACAGGCAUCAGACGCUGAGGCUAUCUCGACCAAAGAGAGUGAGCAUCGAGCUCAAUACAAGCAGCAGUUGGCUCACAAGCGGUCUAUAGGAAGGUACAGGCUGAGACCCGCCGGGCCGCGGCAGAAGAUGAUACAGGAGGACACGCAUCCCACCCUCAGCGUGUUGGUCAAAGGUGACGUAGAUGGGUCCGUGGAAGCGAUCCUGGAUAUUCUGGAGACGUAUGACGAGCACGAGCGGGUGAAGUUGGAACUCGUCAAUUACGGAGUCGGUCAACUCACGCACAACGAUAUAGAGAUCGCCCAAGCGUUCAACGCAGUAAUAUACGCGUUCAACGUGGAGUGUCCGCCCGCUCUGGCGGUGGAAGCCAAGAACGCCAACGUGCCCAUAAAGCGGCACAACGUCAUAUACAAACUCGUGGACGACAUCAAACAGGAGCUUAGUGCUAGGAUACCUAACCGACAGGAGGAAGAAAUUAUUGGUGAAGCGAACGUCCUCCAACAGUUCCAAGUAUCGGAGGGCAAGAAGAAGGUUCCAGUGGCGGGCUGUCGCUGCGUGAAGGGCUCGUUAGCGAGGAACGCGCUCUAUAGGGUCAUACGCGGACAGGAAGUCGUUUUUGAGGGUAAAUUAGCAUCAAUGAAGCACUUGAAGGACGAAGUGGCAACAAUAAAACGUGACAUGGAGUGUGGGUUGAGGUUUGAAGACACCACGUUUACCGUAUCGCCCGGUGAUACUGUAGUUUGUUACAAGAUGGUCGACGUCUCUGACACCACUGCUUGGGAUCCUGGAUUCUAGUUCCAAUUAGUCAUGACUCUGUGUAAUGUAGUACAAUAUUUAAGUAGAUAUUAAAAUUAUUAUAAAAUUACGCUUUCA